CCGAGGGAGCUGCUCUCCGCGGGCGGCGGCGGAGCAGCGCGGACGGCGGGGCUGGCGAGCCCCUUCGCUCCGGCCGGGACAGCGGCGGCAGGGAGCAAAAUGAUGGUCCAACACCCCGGCCAGGUAUCUGCAUUAGAAGUCAGCGCCUCCGCAAUUGUUCCCACUUUGUCCCCUGCAGGGUCACUGGGGUUUGAUGAUUUCACAAAUUUAACCCCCCUGGUGAAGGAGGAACUGAGGUUUGCCAUUCAGAACAAGCGUCAGUUCCACAGGAUGUCUUCCACUUUGGACACGGUGACUGUUUCUGAAAGGCCAGUGGAAACAUCAGUGCUGAAAACAGAGUUUUCUCCUGAAGAGGAUGAAAGAAAAAAGAGAAGAAGGGAAAGGAAUAAAAUUGCUGCGGCAAAGUGCCGAAACAAAAAGAAGGAAAAAACAGAAUGUUUGCAAAAAGAAUCAGAGAAGCUGGAAACGAUCAACGCGGAGUUGAAAGCCCAGAUCGAGGAGCUGAAGAAUGAGAAGCAGCAUUUGAUAUACAUGCUAAAUCUGCACAGGCCCACGUGUAUAGUCCGUGCACAGAACGGAAGGACACCUGAAGAUGAAAGAAAUCUUUUUAUUCAACAGAUCAAAGAAGGCACGUUGCAAGGUUAAGUGACACGGCAAACGUGAAAAUAUUUAUAAAGUUUUUAACAGCUACCAGAAUCCGUGGGGGAGCCUGACAUAAUGUGUAGGAUUCUAUUAGUCAAGAGCCUUUAGGAAGGGCAGAUUGCUUUCAUAAGUGGAAAGAAUCAUUUUGGCUUGACAGCGAUUCUUGUCCUGGGAAGAUCUGGUCUCAAUCAAAUUGAAGAGCCUUCUGCCUCAAAUGUAGGGUUUGCACCUGUCAUACUUGCUGUUCCUAGGAGCUACAGACAACAGCUUCCGAAGUUUUAGCUCUCUGCUAGUACACAGUAUCUGCACUCACGAGGUUUGUGCUAGAACACUAUGACUUCCAGCGAUGCACGUGGUACAGACAGCUGUGCUGGAUGGACACUACUCUUCCUUGUUGCUGGUAGGGAAAGAAGACUGAGUAUUUUUGAAUUUCCAGCAGGAUGGUUUCUGGCAGAAUGUACUGAUGUGUAAUGUUGCAUUCUAACCUAACACACACACACACACAAAAAAACUCUGUAGUUCCAACUAAGGUUUGUAAUUUUUUUCACAACACUCAUGUGGGUUUUUUCUGUGACUCAUCUCAGUGGCUGAAUUUGAAGGGUCUAGUAAGUGUGACAAGGAAAUGUUUCUUGCAAAACAUCUAUGUAGCCUAGCUUGUAUUUUAUGAGCUAUCACCCCAGAUACUACCCCUUGGGGACUACAAUUUUUCCUUGAAUUGCUGAAGAGAAGCUUGUACCAUCACUUACUGACUUGGUGAAUUGAACCCACUGAACUGGAAAGAGGAAACUAACUGUGCAGGGGUAUUGAUAGAGAUUUUGCUCAAGUAAAGAACUGCAGGAGUGAAUCCCAGACUCCUGAACCUUGGAAAAAAAAUUUUAAUUCAUCUCGGGUCUAAUCCUACAAGCCUUAAUUCAUGCUAUUACCCCUCAGUGAUAGAAGAGAUUCCAUGGAUUUCAGUGGGUCUGCUCAUGCAGAUAGCUCUUACAGGCAUAAGAACUUGGCAAAGCUUUUUUCCAUCUGGGUCAGGAUUACUUCCUUUGCCAGGUGACUUAGAGGGAAAAAUUAUGAUUGUAGCUACUUUUGUUUUACAUUUGAGUGGCAAUUACAGUCGAUCAAAAGUUGCUUAGAAUUACUUAGAAUCUAAAGGAGGCAAGAGUUUUGAUGUAGUGAAUAAUUGUUUAAUUUUUUAUUAAAUACUAACCUUGGAUGUUUUUGAACUGGUAGAAGAGCUGCUGGACAAAACAGUUGGAGCUAUGAGUGUUGAAAUUCUGAUGUUUCUGUGAAAUUCUCAGAUUGUUUAUUUCUAUAAAAUAUACCCUUACUUUUUUUUUGUAAAAGAAAAUAUUAUCCUUAUUUAUCACUAAUACCAUAAUGAGUAGAGCUAAUAAAUACUGCGAGCAAGAUAAAACUGAAAA